ACCACAUGACCUCGUUGCCGUGUCCCGUGACCAGCUCACGUGAAUUUUGACAAAUUCAAACGUUUUGGUAGAAAAAAAUGGAUAUUUUGGAGCAGCACCUCGAACAACAGGAUGUCAGGUAGUGUUUACGUUAAAUAUCGACUGGCUGAUAAUGCGAACACCUAUCCCUCCUGUUUCGCUCGAGGUCUCCUCAAGGUCAUCACGUAGUGCACAGUGCGCACUUACAAGACUUAGGACAACGGUCGUGGAACACUGUUAACGGGAAGGAUGACAGCGGCACGGGAAUUGUUAUUGAAGAAGCAGAAAUCGUGGAUUGUGAAGGGGAAACUGUUGGGGAAGAUGGAAUGCGCUAUCAAGAAACUCUUGCAUACAGAGUAGUUCAAGUAAAUGGCACUACUGCUGGAAGUGAAAUAGAACUGCCAGUUACUCAACCAGGAAAUAACACUGUACAGGUCCUAACAUCCCCAUUAAAUGGCCAGUUUUAUGUUAUUGGAAAUGCCAAUGAUGUUUUCACCACUGCACAAACUUCAAGAUCGUUGGUUCCUAGAACUACUACUCUACAGAUAGAAACACCAAGAAAUUGUACCACUGUACUCAAAAAGAGGGAUGAUAGAAGAAGAGCAACUCACAAUGAAGUUGAACGCAGACGAAGAGAUAAAAUAAAUAAUUGGAUUGCAAAAUUAGGAAAAAUUAUACCUGAGUGCAAUGCUAGUGCAAAUGGUAGUGGUAGUGGCAGUGGUGAAGGCAAAGCAAAUUAUGAAACUCAGAGCAAAGGAGGAAUUUUAGCAAAAGCAUGUGAAUACAUAGGGGAAUUACGAGCAGCUAAUCAGGGUUUGGGCCAAUGCUUACGUGAUAAUGAAAAGUUACGACAAGAAAUAACUUCAUUAAAGCAACUAGUUGCACAAUUAAAGCGUGAGAACCUUCAACUCAGGUCACAGAUAUCAUCUACCCCAGGAACCAAUGUUGAUGUUGUGCACUUGAGUCCUUAAAGAAUCUUUAGUUUUUAACACAGUGCUUCUUUUGUAAAUAUUAGGAUAUCUAAACUGACUUCAUUGUCAGAAGAAGUAUUUACUCUGAGAAUUUUUUUUAUGAAAAUGUCAAAUUUCGAUAUAUUUGAAUUAUAUUUGUCAGAAGGUAUAUUAUGUGGUCUCAAUGGUAUAGUCAUAACGAGUAUGUCCAUAUAUAUUUUUAUAUUUCUAUUAAUUGUUUAAUGACGUUAAACAAACAUAACAUGAUUCAUUUUGCAAUAUGUUCAAAUUAUGCUUUGUGUUAAACAGAAUCAUAAUUUUUCAAAUUUUCGAUGUGAUUCAAUUAUGUAUGUUUAUAUAAUUUAUAGUAAUUGAGUUAUGACUAUACCUUAUAGGACCUAUUAAAAAAUACUUUUAUUUCAAUGUGUACAUGUGCAUUGGAUCGAAUUACCUCGUGUACGUGAACGAGCCAAGGCUGUGAAUAUUGAGCAUUGAUUUGAAAUUCUCAAAGAUACAAUUUUGGGCGACAUAGCCAAAGUUGAUUUAAA